UUUAAGCCCAGUGAACAAAGUUUUCCAACACGUUUGCAGUCAAUUGCUCUUGUUAUUUUUCACGGAAUUUUUUAAAUUGUUAAAUGUUGUGUUGCACGUCAAACGAAUCUUAAACAUUGCCAAAUAAACAUGGCCUCGGUGUCAACGGCAGCAAUGGAUUGUGCGGAGGAGACUGAACCGACGUCAAUUGAGCAAGCAAUAACAGACGUAUCAGAAAAGUCGCUCGCGGAAGCAUCGACCGGCUUUUUGCCACAAACAGACAAAAAUACAACCACCGAGCUGAAUCUCGAUGAGCCAAUGGAUGCAAAUAUUGCAGACACCGCCACAGACAUUGAUGCAUCUAAAACCAAAAGCGAUCAAGAUAAUACGGAGUUUAAGGAAUCCAACAGGAUUGUGGCAAAAGCAGCAGAUGGUGAGGAGAAAGAUAAGUGCGGCCCUAGUGAGCUGACUUCGCUGACAAGUUCCAAGGAUGACACUGGGUCCUCUAUAGAAAAACUUGAUGGCAAUAAACCAACUGAAACAGAUUUGGAAAGCAGUAUUGAAGUCAUCAGCAGUCCUAUUCCCGACGAUAAUGACGCUUUGAAGGAUACUAAGGAUUCCAGUUAUGAUAUGGAUAAUAGCACUACAAAAGAAGAAACCACUGACGAGCCGAAACCAAUUGAAGUUGAUUUGGACAGUAGCAUUGAGAUGAUUGAUAGUCCGGGAUCUGUACCGGUCUUAGGUAAAGCAGAUACAGAAGAGACUGUUUCAAAAAAAAAGGAACACGUGCUCGAUAGUGACAGCAGCAUUGAAAUCAUUAGCAGUCCUGGCAAAGAAGCUGCUUGUGAGUUGAUUGACAAAGUUUCAAUCACAGAAAUGAGUGAAAUUAAAGAAAAAGAUAACAACCAAUCAGAAGCGAAACCUGCAUUCGAUGCCAAAGUGGAGCAGCAGCCGGAAAUAGUUGAGUGCGAGGACAUUGCCAAGGAUAUCGAUGACGUAAAAGUCAAAGUCGUCGAUGAUACAAGUGCUCAAGAAAAUUUACUAACUGUAGAGCUCGAAAAAACUGAAAAGAUGGAAGAUGAGCCUAUUAAAGAUGAAAUUAAGACGGAAGAUACAGAAGACAAGCUGACAACAAAAGACAUUGACCUUCCGGAGGAUAACGAGAUCUACUACAAAAAGGAUUGCCUCAAUUGCAACUGCCAGAAGAUGCACAAGCAAUAUGUCCUAGCCAGCCUGGCAGCACUGAACUACUACAGAGUGCCCAGAAAGGCACACAAACGACAAUACAUCUGCAUGAGUUGCCACGACACGGCAAUGGAUGUUUACGAGGACUAUGCCGGUCACUUGUUAGCAAAGCAACCCUUGCUGCUGCGUGACUUUAAGCAAGAUCAUGCCGAGUAUGUGGCACUGGACAGCAGUGAUGAAGAGGAAAGCGAGGAUGUACCGAAAAAAGCUGAAUUUUCAGCUAACGAUUUGCAGUUGAUUGAAAAUGAGUUGGAGGAUGCCAUCAAGACGGUUGUGUCUAAGGUGAACUUGGAAGAUCAAAUGACUUGGUCGAAGACUAUACUGCAAUCAAAGACCGAGCGUAUGGGCCGCGAACUGGAGUUGGCCAACGAAGAACUGAGUAAUCUGCAGCAUAUGGCUGAUAAAAUGCACUUUGCUCUAUACAAUCACUGCCAAGUGGUGCAUAAACAUAUGCCGCCACUUGAUCUAUAUCAAAACCUGAGUGAUUAUGUGCAAGUGCCACCAGCUGGAGAGAUAGAAAGGCCACCCAUUCAAAUCAAUGAGACCUAUUACGCGGUUAAGAAUAAGGCCAUUGCCAGCUGGGUGUCGGUCAAAGUAAUUGAAUUUACAGAGAGCACAACAGUUGGUGGCAAUUUAGUGAAAAGCUACAAAAUCAAAUAUCUCAAUACGCCAUAUCAAAUGGUCAAAACAGUAACAGCCAAGCAUUUGGCCUACUUUGAACCGCCUCCAGUGAGAUUAACCAUUGGCACUCGUGUGAUAGCCUAUUUUAAUGGCAACACAUUGACUCGUGGCAAGGAGAAAGAUGUUGUGCCCAGCGCUUUCUAUCCAGGAAUUAUUGCUGAGCCGUUGAAGCAAGCAAAUAGAUUCAGAUACUUGAUCUUCUACGAUGAUGGCUAUACGCAGUAUGUGCAGCACAAUGAUGUGCGUUUGGUGUGCAUGGCAUCGGAACGGGUGUGGGAGGAUGUGCAUCCUGGCUCGCGAGAUUUCAUACAAAAAUAUGUGGAAAAGUAUUCAGUGGAUCGACCAAUGGUGCAGUGCAUGCGUGGCCAGAAUAUGAACACGGAAUCGAAUGGCACAUGGUUGUAUGCUCGCGUCAUUGAUGUAGAUUGCAGUCUGGUGCAGAUGCAGUUUGACGAUGACAAGAACCACACGGAGUGGAUCUAUCGUGGAUCCUUGCGAUUGGGUCCCGUCUUUAAGGAAACACAAAAUGCACUGAAUAGUGCCAACGCUAUGCAACAGCAUCGUUUGCCACGCCGAACUGAACCAUUUAUUCGAUACACCAAAGAAAUGGAGACAAGCACUCGGCAGGUGAAUCAGCAAAUGCGUGCUAUAGCACGAAAAAGCAGCUCUGCUCCACAAAAUGUCAACACUUCGUCGACAUCGGCGGUGGCAACGGCAUCGGCAAACGCAGCAUCAAGUAGGAGCACAGUGCGACAUUUGAAUAACUCCACCAUCUAUGUCGAUGAUGAGAAUCGACCUAAGGGACAUGUUGUGUACUUUACAACAAAACGCAACCUUCCACCCAAGGUGUACACUCAUCACGAAUGCUCACCUUCGUGUAAAUUCAAUGUUGCAUAUUGUCUAGAUAGCUACAGUCCAUUGUCCAAGCCACUGCUAUGUGGCUGGGAGCGUUUGAAAUUCAAACAGAAGACUAAAACUAACAUUGUCUAUCGCGGUCCGUGUGGAAAGACUUUACGAAAUUUGGCCGAGGUCCACAUCUAUUUACGAGCUACAGAAAAUGUGCUAAAUGUCGAAAACUUUGACUUUACGCCUGAAUUGAGCUGCUUGGCAGAAUAUUCUAUUGACCCGACAAUAGUUAAGGAGGCGGAUAUCUCAAAGGGUCAAGAAAAAAUGGCUAUUCCAUUAGUCAAUUAUUAUGAUAACUCGCUGCCUCCGCCAUGUACUUACGCCAAACAGCGUAUACCUACAGAGGGAGUGCACUUGAAUUUGGACGAGGAGUUCCUAGUGGGCUGUGACUGUGAAGAUGAUUGCUCGGAUAAAUCAAAGUGUUCUUGCUGGCAGCUGACUGUCGCCGGCGUUAGGUACUGUAAUCCCAACAAACCCAUCGAGGAGAUUGGCUAUCAGUACAAGCGCCUGCACGAGCAUGUGCCAACGGGAAUCUAUGAAUGCAAUUCGCGCUGCAAGUGCCAAAAGAACUGUUUGAAUCGUGUCGUGCAGCAUUCGCUGGAAAUGAAGUUGCAGGUGUUUAAGACAUCGAAUCGUGGCUGGGGUUUGCGUUGCGUUAAUGAUAUACCGCGAGGUGCUUUCAUAUGCAUCUAUGCAGGACACAUGCUAACCGAAACGAUGGCCAACGAGGGGGGACUAGAUGCGGGAGAUGAAUAUUUUGCAGAUUUGGAUUAUAUUGAGGUGGCCGAACAAUUGAAGGAGGGCUACGAAUCUGAAGUGGAUCAUUCAGCAACGGAGGAGGAGGAAGAUAUCUAUGCACCCGAUCCUGAAGACGAUGAUGAGUUCAAGCCUAAUAAGUAUUACCAGCCGCGUAAGAAGGAUAAAUUGCGUGCUUCGCGCAAUCAGUCAAAUCAAGCUAAUGAAUUAGAUUCGCAAGAGCGGGCUGUAAUUAAUUUCAAUCCUAAUGCAGAUCUAGAUGAGACAGUGCGUGAAAAUUCGGUGCGGCGGCUGUUUGGCAAAGACGAAGCGCCCUACAUAAUGGAUGCCAAGACAACCGGUAACUUGGGACGCUACUUUAAUCACUCGUGUGCACCCAACUUGUUUGUCCAAAACGUAUUCGUGGACACACAUGAUCUGCGUUUUCCAUGGGUUGCAUUCUUUUCGGCCAACUAUAUACGGUCUGGCACUGAACUGACAUGGAACUACAACUACGAGGUGGGAGUGGUGCCUGGCAAGGUGUUGUACUGUCAAUGCGGCGCCUCGAAUUGUCGAAUACGUUUACUUUAGAUUAUGUAUUAUCUAGCUGUAGCUGUAUGCUGCAAUUAAUUGGCAUGCAUCAAUUAUAAUCGAAUUCCUAAUACACAUUUGAAUGAAAAUAGA